AUGCUCGAAUAUCAGCGUGAAGACUGCUCUUCACGCAGUGUGAUGCUAGCUUCGAGUCUUUUCUGCAGCUGCGGGACCCCUUUCGUGGAUAAGUAUAGACAUGCACCCUGCUAUCACGUGAUCUGCAGCAACUGCGUAUUACGCAACCCUUCGCGCGACAAAUGUCCCGUGUGCAACGCACGAAGUGAAACACUUCAGCUCAUACACCCAAACGAUGCUCUACACAUUUGCACGUCUAACGGAUGCAACAAGGCGUUUCUCAAUUUCCAAAGCCUCAGAGGACACGCCAGCAUAGCACAUGAGAUUGACGUAGAAUCUGCAGUGGAAUUUUACACCCACACUGGUGAUGCUACUGUGCAGUUUGGUGACGUUCAGAGAAUACUGCAAGAUCCCGUCAGUAGCGUCACACAAAAUGAAACGGACGAACCCGAACAGGAAGACGUCGAUAUGAAAACUGAUCAAGCCAUGGAAGCAAAGCCAAAACGCUCGCAGAACGUCGAAAAGUCCACGUUGGUGGAGGAUAAAUACAGAGAGCGGCAGCAAGCUGACGACCUCGAGGAGCUUAUGUGA